CGUGUUCUGCUUAUCUUCUUCUCCUUCCCGACCUUGCCUCCCGAAAACCUCCCCCACAGCCACCGACGCACUCUUCUUGAGAAAAACCGGUAAGAGCUUGAAGUUUUCUCCUUCUUUCUUGUUCUAGGAUUGGAAGUGAACCCAGAAAUCCCCCCCCUUCUGCAGAUUUUCGGAUCUGCUCUGCUCAGCUCUGUCCUUCCGCGAGCUGCUCUUGCCGAUGGAGUGCUUCCCGGUUUUUCUGCCUCUCUGACCGCCGGACCCAGCUUUUGCUUGCCGAAAAAUUCUGGUUCUUGAGUGUUCUAUCACCCUAGCACUUGGCUUGAGUUCCCGGUAUUACGGAUUUGAGGUAAGUAAAUUUAUGGUAAAGCCCUUUGAUUUUAAAGUAUAUUUUAAACUGUUUUUGAGAUGGUGGCAAGGUUAAAUUGAUUUUAAAUUGAUUUUAUCAGCAUUUGAGUGUGAUUAGACUGAAAUGAAAAUUGGGAUAUUUUUAAUGAGAAUUUCCUUGUUUUUUCUGGAAUUGAGCAUGAUUGGAAUGGAAAUGAGAAUUUCAUUGUUUUUCUGAAGUAGAGCAUGCCACUUAGAACUUACUGAACUGCUCUGAUUUUAAGAAUUUUUCGUAAAUUAUGAUUUUCUGUUAAAUCCAUGCCCACAUGGGAUUUUCUGGUUAUUUUUGAAAUUUGAGAUUUGAUGGUGAAUUCUUGAUUUUUUGGAAAUUCUGCAUGGUUUUGUCUCUGCUAUAAUCAUGAUUACUAACGCCCGUUAGUGGGAGUUUGUAAACGCUAGCACAUGUUGACAUGUAUUUCUGUAGAACCGGUUCACCCUGCUAAUGGGGUUAAACAUUGGUUAUUAUUGACGCCUGCCAGUGGGAGUUUGUUAAACACUGGUACUAUUACUGACGCCUGCCAGUGGGAGUUUGUUAAACACUGGUACUAUUACUGACGCUUGCCAGUGGGAGUUUGUUAAACACUGGUACCAUUACUGACGCCUGCCAAUGAGAGUUUGUUAAACAUUGGCUAUGACUUAUAGAUGAGACUACUGAUGAGUUUUAUUAUGCAUGAAUGGUUUAUCAUUGAAAGUUUUGUUAUGCUUACAUGGUUUAUUUGGCAUACUUAAAUUUUUAUCAAGGGCUGUCCAUAUUUUUACUUACUGAGAUAUUUUAUAUCACUUAGUUUUUCUUGUCCACCAUUUCAGGUAGUGAUACCCGACACGUGGGGAGCCGGGGGAGUGACGAGCUAGACGGCUAGGCAUUAUUUUGGAUUUAGAUCUUUUGGAGUUAGGCCGCUAGUCUCACA